AUGCGCCUGGGUCUGUACGUGCGUGAGGGAAGUGAAUCAAAGAAGUUUAUUGAUAAAUCUAUGCCCCAGCAACCACAGACCUCUUACUUCUGCAAUGGUGGAGACCUGCCCAAAGUUCAGCUUCCAUAUGAAACUGUUCCUGGAAAAAUACCACGGAAAUUAGAGAUAGAAAGACGCCGAAGGGAAUACUCACAAUUGAAAAUUGAACAUCUACUGGAAGAAAAUGGCAUUGACUCUAAUAAUCUUAUGCCAAAGUGUCAGGAAAGUAGUAAUGACUGUGUAUCCUCUGUGUCACCCUAUCUCCCACUGGAGAUAUUUGAUAAUGUGGAAUUUGACUGCCGGACCCCAGAAGACUGGCUUUCUCUGGGUGUUACUGAAGGAUCAAGCGAUCGAAAGCCUAUUCCAGCCAAAGCCCUCCUGCCAACUGAAGUCUCAUUUGAUUCAGGUGCCCUUACCCAGGAAUACAACUGGCAAUUGGUUGGGGUUCUUGACUACAACAAGGAAACAUCUCUGUACCUUGUUGAAAAAGUUCAUCUGAAAGAUUUAAGUGGAAAUUCUAUCCUCAGUCAACAACAAGAGAAGACACUACUCACUGGGGAAAAGCCAUACAUUACAGAAGGUAGAUACUGGGUACCUAGAAUCCGAGUGUUAUUCAAAGCAGAGGAUCCACGUAUCUUUGUGCAGCGCAUCAAGAAUGCCAAAGAUUUAAGGGACAACACAGAAGCUCUUCUUCUUUAUAAUCUAUGUGUUGACUGCAUGCCCAUUUGUGAAGGAACAUCACUGGAUAGCUGCAGUCUCCAGCGUAUAAAAAAAUAUGCUCUCACAACUCCUGGUCUUAGAUUGAAUAGUUUGGGAGACUGUGUGAAGCGUCUGGAGGAGCAGAUACAACUAGACUACAGCAGGACAAUGAACCGCAUGACAUUUGACUAUGUAGUUAAGAAUCAAUCAGUGCAGGUGCUUUCACAUAUUAUUAUUCCAAAGAAGGAACAACCACUGGUUCUUAAAAGAGGUCCUAUUCCAGCUCCUGCUUUUUCUUAUAAGGAGACAAGUGCCAAGAUUGUCUUCUGCUCACUACUCACACAGCCAAAGGUGCUGUUUGUAUUAUCUAAAAUAUGGUGUGAGUGUGACAAAGUGGCAAACAUGCAGCUGUUUCAUAUUACUAUGACCAAACCGCUUUGGCUGAAGGAUUUUGAAACCUUACAAUCUCAAAUGCACACUCAGGUGAACUUAUAUCUUAGAGAGACAUGGAUAUCAACAGUGACUAAAGUCAUUCGGUCUGCCUUGCUAAAGAUUGGGAGAGGCACUUACGAUGUGAAUGAAUCCUCUUGGAAAAUGUAUGAGAUAACUAAGCUGAGGAAACUGAUGAAUGUGGUGCGCUACAAAAUGCAAGAUGCACUGCGCUAUCUUGUGCAGAACUCUCUGACCAGUCUUACUCAACGAAUUAUGGAUGCUUGUUAUAGCACCCUGACUUGUUCUGAAGAUCUGGUCUGGGGAGAAGACCUCAUUACUAGCCCUUACAAAUCAAAGAAAAACACCUUGUUCCUGGUGGACUUGGUUCUGGACCAAACUGGGGUUCAUUAUAACACUCCUCUUGAGAAUUUUCCCUCAUCACUUGUCAAGCUGUUUGAUAAAGGCAUUGUGACGGCAGAGAAUAUUCCACAUGUUGAAAGGUUCGUGAUGGAAAAUAUCUUCUUUGGAGGAGAUAUUUUACUGGAGUCUGUGAAUUUGUGGGAACCUGAAGUAAUUGAGCAAAGAAAGAAGAUACACGUGGCUCUUUCACAGGCAUCCAUUCCUUUGAGGGCCUAUGCAGCUGAAUACAUGAAAUAUUUGGAACUACAUAACCAAGAUAUUGAAACACUGCUCAAAUCUAGUACACAGACAGAGAUGACAUCCCAGGUGGUGAAAAAAGAAGUGGAACAACAUUUAAAAGAAAAAGAGAGACUUGAACAAACACUACCCCUCUUUAUCAACAUUGGACCAUUCACUGUACAGGUAGAGACUGUUCGCCAUGCAUUGUGCAACAAAAGAAAAGCUCUGGCCAAGUCAUUGCAGGACCAAUUUGCUCAAAGGCUUCGUAAGCAGAUUGACAAUGCCUGUGACGAAUGCAUCAUGAUAAACAGAAAACUUUGUGAAAAGCAAAAAUCAGUUGAGGAACUAUCUGAAAUGACAGAGUGGAUGAAGCAAAUUCCUGAACAGCUAAGAGUUUAUAAUGAGCGACUUAAAAAGACACUUGCAGAAUAUGAUGUCUUGGAGGAUUUCUUGUAUUUGCUACCAGACGAUGAUUUCAAUAAGAAGUGGGCUGCAAUUGGGUGGCCUCAGAAGAUUUUCAGACAGAUAGAAAAGACAAUUGCACAACACAAAGAGGAUAAGGAGCAUUUUCAAAAAAUUCAGCAGAGUGAACAGAACAGCUUUGAAGAAGAGAUUACGUCUUUACAAAUGCUGGUUGCUGGAUUUGGGGGUUUUGCUGACAUGGACCAUGCACAUGAGUUGGCCAAUAAGGUGAAACGUAUAAAGAAGCAGCUGAAAGACUGUCAGGCCAUGGCCCAAACCUACAAUAACAGAGAGCGUCUGCUUGGGCUGCCCUUGACAAAUUAUGAUCGUCUGCAUAAUUUAGUUGUGGAAUUUCAGCCUUAUGAGGACCUAUGGACAACCACCUCCAACUGGUUACGCUGGCAUGAAAGCUGGCUCAAUGACCCUCUGACAUCAGUUGACUCUGAACAGCUUGAACGCAGUGUCACUGAGGCUUACAAGAUCAUGCACAAAUGUGUCAAACUGUUUAAAGAUAAUCCAGGAUGUCAUAUGGUGGCAGCUUUAAUUCGCAGCAGAAUUGAGGAAUUCCGACCUUACAUUCCACUCAUUCAAGGACUUAACAAUCCUGGAAUGAGAAGUCGCCAUUGGGAGAUGCUUUCAGAGCGUAUUCACAUGAAGGUCCAAUUCCAAGCCAAACUGACCUUCUCACGCUGUCUUGAGCUUGGUUUGCAAAACUUUGGAGAUCAAAUAGCACAAGUGGCUGAGGUGGCAGGGAAAGAAUACGCCAUUGAAAGGGCACUUGAUAAAAUGAAAGAUGAAUGGUCAACUUUAGUCAUCGAUGUGCUGCCAUACAAGAACACAGGAACCUACAUUCUCAAAAGUCCAGAUGAAGCUUCCCAACUGCUAGACGACCACAUUGUCAUGACCCAGAGCAUGGCAUUCUCACCAUUUAAAAAAUCCUUUGAAAGUCGCAUAAUCAAUUGGGAGAGCAAACUGAAAAUGACUCAAGAUGUGCUAGAGGAAUGGCUGACAUGUCAGCGUUCUUUGCUUUACCUUGAGCCCAUUUUCAGCUCCCCAGAUAUUAACCAACAACUGCCAGCUGAAGCACAGCGAUACCAUCAAAUGGAAAAAAUGUGGACAAUAGUCAUGAAAAAAGCUAACAAUAAUCGCAAGAUAAUUGAAUUGUGUCCAGAUGCCCGUUUAUUGUCUACUCUGAAGAUGUCCAACUCACUCUUAGAAGAAGUACAGAAAGGCCUCAUUGAGUACUUGGAAACAAAGCGACGUUCCUUUCCAAGGUUUUACUUUCUAUCAGAUGAUGAGUUGCUUGAAAUUUUGUCCCAGACCAAAGAUCCCACAGCUGUUCAGCCACAUUUACGCAAAUGCUUUGAGAACAUUGCGCGGCUCAAAUUUCAGCCUGACUUACAAAUGACUGACAUGUACUCUGGAGAAGGGGAGGAAGUGAAGCUUUUCCAGUCUGUACGGCCUUCUGGGGAUGUGGAAGACUGGCUCAAAAAUGUAGAGAAGUCAAUGAAAGCUACAGUAAAAGAUAAUAUUGACCGAUCAUUAAAAGUCUACUGUGAGCAACCUCGUGAGAAGUGGGUUUUGUCAUGGCCUGGUCAGGUGGUGAUUGCUGGAUGCCAGGUAUUCUGGACGGCUGAGGUUUCAGAAGCUAUUGAGAAAGGGGACUUGGCUAACCGUCUUUAUCCUCAACUGCAAACACAGUUGAGUAACUUAGUCCAGCUGGUCAGAGGAGAUUUGUCCAGAAUGCAAAGGGCAGUUCUGUCUGCCCUCAUCGUCAUAGAAGUACAUGCUAAAGAUGUUGCCGCUGAACUGGUCCAGCAGAAGGUUUCAAAUAUUAAUGACUUCGAGUGGAUCAGCCAGCUCAGAUAUUACUGGGCAAGAGAUGACUUGUAUGUCCGUGUGGUAAAUGCAGAGUUCUUGUAUGGAUAUGAAUAUCUUGGUAACUCUGGGCGGCUGGUUAUCACCCCACUGACAGACAGAUGUUACUUAACUCUAACAGGGGCCCUUCAUCUGAAAUUUGGAGGGGCUCCUGCAGGUCCAGCCGGCACAGGAAAGACUGAGACCACCAAAGAUCUUGGAAAGGCCCUAGCAAUUCAGACUGUAGUGUUCAACUGUUCAGAUCAGCUGGACUUCAAGGCUAUGGGGAAAUUCUUUAAAGGACUUGCCAGCUCUGGUGCUUGGGCAUGCUUUGAUGAAUUUAAUCGUAUAGAUGUAGAAGUGCUUUCUGUAGUAGCACAACAAAUUACCACAAUACAAAAAGCCCAACAGCAAAGAGUGGAACGCUUUGAAUUUGAGGGAACUGAAAUUACACUUGUUCCGUCCUGUGCUGUGUUUAUUACAAUGAAUCCUGGAUAUGCUGGCCGCACAGAACUGCCUGACAACCUUAAGGCUCUGUUUCGUCCUGUGGCUAUGAUGGUGCCUAAUUAUGCUAUGAUUGCUGAGAUUUCCUUAUACUCGUUUGGGUUUAAUGAUGCCAAAAUCCUUUCAAAGAAAAUAACAUCUACUUUUAAGCUAUCCUCUGAACAACUCAGUUCACAGGAUCAUUAUGACUUUGGUAUGAGAGCUGUAAAAACUGUGAUCUCGGCAGCUGGAAACCUCAAGAGAGAACAUCCUGAGAUGAAUGAAGAGUUAAUCUGUCUGCGGGCCAUUAAUGACGUCAAUGUGCCAAAGUUUCUCCAAGAUGACUUGAAACUAUUCAAUGGGAUUGUGUCUGAUCUGUUCCCCAAGACAAAACAGGAGCCAAUCAAUUAUGGAACACUGGAGCAAUCCAUGCGCAGUGUUUGUACUGAGAAGAACUUGAAAGAUGUUGAUGGGUUUAUUCAUAAAUGUAUUCAGCUUUAUGAAACUACAGUGGUGAGACAUGGUCUUAUGCUUGUGGGACCUUCAGGAUCGGGUAAAACAAGGUGUUAUGAGGUACUGGCUGCAGCCAUAACCGCUCUAAAAGGCCAGCCAUCAGUGAGCGGCGGAGAGUAUGAAGCUGUUAAGACAUAUGUUCUCAAUCCCAAGUCUAUCACCAUGGGACAGCUUUAUGGGGAGUAUGACCUACUCACACAAGAAUGGACUGAUGGAAUACUUUCAGCUCUUGUUCGUGGAGGGGCAUCAUCUAUGGACCAAGAGAGGAAGUGGUACAUGUUUGAUGGACCUGUGGAUGCUGUGUGGAUUGAGAACAUGAACACAGUGCUGGAUGACAACAAAAAACUGUGCCUAAGCUCAGGGGAAAUUAUCAAGCUCACAGAUGUGAUGACUAUGAUGUUUGAGGUACAGGACUUGGCUGUGGCUUCCCCAGCUACAGUGUCCCGCUGUGGGAUGGUCUAUCUGGAGCCUAGUAUUCUGGGCCUAACCCCUUUUACAGAAAGCUGGCUGAAGCAGAUACCUGAUGCUUUAAAACCUUACUCAGACCAGCUUACUUCCCUCUUCUCCAGGUUCCUCAAGGACUCAGUCAGAUUCGUUCGUGGCCAUGUUAAAGAGGUGAUCAGAUCCCUUGACAGCAACCUAACAUGUAGUCUUCUUAAACUUAUGGACUGCUUUUUUGACCCCUUCAAUCCUAAAGAAAAAGAACGGCUACCACCUCAGCAUAAAGUGGAGCGCUUAAAAGAAGUGAUUGAGCCCUGGUUUUUCUUCUCUCUGGUGUGGAGUGUUGGAGCCACAGGAAAUGCAACAAGUUGUCAGCACUUCAGCAACUGGCUCAGAGAGAAAAUGGCAAAUGAAAAAAUUGAGUUAUGUUUUCCAGCUGCUGGUUUGGUUUACGACUACAAGCUCAACGAUGGUGGAAUAAGUAACUUUGAGGAUGAUGAUGACGAUCCAAACAAAAGCAAAGUACAGUGGAUCAGCUGGAUGAAACAUGCACCAGACGUUGUCAUAACAGCAGAAACCAAUUAUGCAGACAUUAUUGUCCCCACUCCUGACACAGUGAGAAUGACCUUUCUGCUUGACAUGCUAUUGAAUAAUAAGAAACCAGUUCUGUGUAUUGGUCCAACUGGAACUGGGAAGACCCUCACUAUGUCAGAUAAAUUACUCAAAAACAUGUCGGCAGACUUCAUUACCCACUUUCUUAUGUUCUCUGCUCGUACUUCAGCGAACCAGACUCAAGAUUACAUCGACAAUAAACUAGACAAAAGACGGAAAAAUGUAUUUGGGCCUCCAAAGGGAAAGUAUUUCAUCUUCUUCAUUGAUGACUUAAACAUGCCAAUGUUAGAAACAUAUGGCGCUCAACCUCCUAUUGAGCUUCUCCGACAGUGGAUGGACCACGGGGGCUGGUAUGACAGGAAGCAGAUAGGCAACUUUAGACACUUGGUAGAUAUAAAUUUUGCCUGUGCCAUGGGGCCUCCUGGGGGAGGACGAAAUCCCAUCACACCACGAUUCUCCCGGCACUUCAACUUCUUGUCUUUUACUGAAAUGGAUGAUGUCAGCAAGAAGCACAUUUUUACCACCAUUCUAGGCAGUUGGAUGGCGCCAGCGAUCCAGUCACUGAAUGAGGCUCUUGUUGAGGCCACAAUUCGAGUCUACUCUACAAUAACUUCUCAGCUUCUUCCAACUCCAGCCAAAUCUCAUUACACAUUCAACCUCAGAGACCUGUCCAAGGUUUUCCAGGGCAUGCUCAUGGCUAAUGCCAACACAGUUGAGGAGAAAUCACAGUUGCUCCAAUUGUGGUACCAUGAAAGCUGCCGGGUGUUUCAGGAUCGCCUUGUCUGUGUUGAAGACAGAGAAUGGUUUAGCACACUCCUGAAAGAUUGCGUCCAAGACUUUAGCUGCAAAGUUGAAGACAUUUUGACAUGUGAGCCAGUUUUAUUUGGAGACUUCAUGGUUCUUGGAGCCGACCCUAAAAUAUAUACCUUAAUUGACGACAAAGAUGAGGUUUGUAUUUAA